AUGCUCCAUCCAGUGGGGCAGGCAACAGAUGAGCUUGCAAUGAUUUGCGCCAGCAUGGUGUUUCUCUAUGUUGUGUUGGAAGCAGAUUACUUGGAAGCUCAUCGCCCUUGGCUGCCAGCUAUGCAGAUGGCUUACGCCUUUGGCUUCGCUGUUGCCUACUUCACAUCGCCCUUCUUUUUCCCGUUCUUUGUGGCGGCCUAUGGGUGCACAGUGCUGCUGAUCAUCUUCCAGGCCUAUCGAGUCUACAAGCUUUACGCCUCGGAGGACACAGAAGCAGCGAAGUGGCAGCGGCUGCUCUUCUGGAUCGCGGCCACGUUCUAUCCUGCCGCUUUCCUCUUCCUUUGGGUGCCGGAGAACGCUUUGUGCCCGAUCUACCCUGAGCUGUUCCAGGCCUUGCACUUGCACGCCAUGUUCCACAUCGCCACCACCAUCUCCCCGUAUUGCUAUGUUGUCUUCAUGACGUACCAUCGCUGCACAGUGCUGAAGCGCGAUGCAGAGCAUCGGCGGGGCAUCGGCUUAGCCUACGUGCACGUCGCUGCCGCUGCUUAG